AAGUCGUUUCGGCCCAGACAUGCGCGGUUGAGGCCAGGGUUCGCCUAGUUUGGGAGCCGCAGCAGAUGCCCCCGAAUCUCUUGUGGAUGCGGGUUGCGGCCUUCCUGCCGUUCCUGGCCGUCCUCCCAGCACGCCCGCCUCCAGACCCCGUGCCGCGAGACCGGGUAGCCAUUAUCGGUGCUGGAAUCGGCGGGGCCUCGACCGCCUGGUUUCUCCGCGACGCGCCUCUGGACGUCACCGUCUUCGAGGCCAACCGCGUCGGCGGGCGGGUGCACGAGCCGAUCAUGGUCGAGGCUGGCGGAGCCGCCAUCCAUUCGCUCAAUCGGUACAUGGCCCACUUCAUAGACGCGCUCGGGCUGCACAGGGACGACGGUCGGAGCUCUGGCCUGGGCGCCGCAGGCUGGAGCGGUCAGAGUUCUGGCCAGGGCGCCGCGAGCUGGGACGGUGACCGGCUGACGCCGCUCAGCCCGUGGACUUACCCACUCAGCAUCCUGCGCGCCAGGCGGAUGGUCACCAACGUCACGUCGAUGUGGGAGCGUAUAUGUCGGAUACGAGCUGCAGGCCGAGAACGUCUCGUUCGCGGACCCGCGGGAAAUGCUCGCGCGUCUCGGGGUCGCAGGGUUGGCGUCGACGAGUGCUGCAGAAUGGAUGCAGGGGAAGGUGGACGCCGCGUUCCUGCGGGAGUUCGUCGACGGGGUGUCCAGGGUGAACUACGGGCAGGGAUCCUCCAUCAAUGCUUUCGCGGAGGCGGUGUCGCUCGCUGGCGCGGGCCUCGUGGGCUCCUUGUUCUCGGUGAGAGAAGGUAAUUCGAAAGUCAUGGAAGGCCUGCUCAGAGAGGCUGGGGCUGAGUUACGCCAUGACCGCGUUACCGCAGUUCGCGUGGCUGGCCGCGAGGGGUAUUCGGUCUGCACUCAAGGCGGCGUCUGCGAGACCUUCGCAUCGGUCGUUAUCGCCGCUCCUCUGGAGCUCGCGCGGUUAGCUUUGGAUGAGUCGCUGCGCCCGCGGGCGCCUUCCCGCGAGUACCAGGUGACCGUGGCGACAUUCGUGGCAGCCUCCGGUUUGAAUGCGGAUUAUUUUGGAACAGCGCGUGUGGAGGAUUUGGACACAAUAAUGACAACGAGCAACGCGUCGAUACCUUUCAACUCCGUGGCUGUGCACGGCAUCUCAGGGGGUCGAAAAGUAUUCAAGGUGUUCUCCAGGGAGACGCCAAAGGCCAAUCUCAUUCGCGACAUCUUCGCGAAUGCAUCUGGGGAGACCCAACAGUUUGUAUGGCACGCAUACCCUGUGCUGCGUCCAUCAUCUCCUUGGCCAGCCUUCCGCUUGCACGGGGGCGCCCAAGGCGGUGGGCUUUAUUACGUCAACGCCAUGGAGAGUUCGGUCAGCUGCAUGGAGACCGAAGCGGUGGCGGCUAAGAACGUGGCGUUGCUCUUGCAGGGCGAUCUGGAAGGGCAGGCGGCACGUGUUGAUCCCGAACCUGGCGUGGUCUACGCGUAGAGUUGUCGAGCUCAGAGUGGCCGGCCUCGGUGCAGGCAGUUGGAGGUUAGACCUCGUUGCCGAGCAGUCGCACGUUAUUCAAACAAAGUAUGCGGUGGACAAUCGUGUUUCCCGCAUCGUGAUCGUCGAUGGUGGGCAAGUUCGCCAGUCACGUCUUCUUGGCUUUCUUGUUCCCCAGUGCACCGAAGCGUGACGUUCUUUGACGGAGUCGCCGCCAUUUAGCCCAA